AUGGACCUGCCACUGGCCAAGGCUGAGACCAUCAGCGACAAUGGUAGUGCCUCCAGGAUAACAUGUUUAAGAAUGGGGAAAAAACUGCUGUAUUUUGACAUCUUGAGUACCUUAGGCUGCCUUCAUGAUUGCACAGCCAAAACUGGCCAGGAAACAGCAAGCAUUAUAUUAGCAGUAUCAAUCAUGCCAUACGUUAGCAUUUCUACUGAGCAAGCAGUAAGGCCAAAAGAACUGCCAGUAUCCUGGCUAUCCAAGGCUGCCCUGCGACGCACAGAUGUCAUUCUGGAAGUUGGCCCGGGAACUGGUAACCUGACAGUAAAGAUGUUGGAGAAAGUAAAAAAAGUUAUUGCUUGUGAAAUUGACCCUAGACUUGUUGGUGAACUUCAGAAGAGAGUCCAGGGCACGUGUCUGGCAAACAAACUUGAAAUCAAGGUUGGAGAUGUCUUGAAAACAGACUUACCAUUCUUUGAUGCAUGUGUGGCUAACUUGCCUUACCAGAUUUCUUCACCUUUUGUUUUCAAGUUGUUGCUUCAUAGACCUUUUUUCAGGUGUGCCAUACUUAUGUUUCAAAGGGAAUUUGCACUUCGUUUGGUUGCAAAACCAGGAACUAAACUAUACUGCAGGCUCUCUAUUAAUACUCAGUUAUUAGCUCGAGUGGACCAUCUGAUGAAGGUUGGAAAGAACAACUUCAGGCCUCCUCCCAAAGUUGAAUCCAGUGUUGUCAGAAUAGAGCCAAAGAACCCACCACCACCUAUCAACUUCCAGGAGUGGGAUGGUCUGGUAAGGAUAGCCUUUGUUAGGAAAAACAAGACACUCUCCGCAGCAUUUAAGUCAAGUGCUGUAGAGCAGUUACUGGAUCAUAAUUACCGAAUUCAUUGUUCCUUACAUAAUGCAGAAAUACCCGAAAACUUCAAAAUCGCGGAGAAAAUACAGACAGUCCUAAAAAAUACAGGUUACUCUGAAAAACGAGCCCGUUCAAUGGAUAUAGAUGAUUUCAUUAGACUGCUGCAUGGCUUCAAUUCAGAAGGCAUCCAUUUCUCAUAG